UUUUGAGAAGGCCCCUCUAAGCAAGAACUUUUAUAAAUACAUACCCCCAGCACCCACAGAAAGCAUUUCGAUUUUCUCAACCAACAAGUUCACAACCCAACUUCACACCCCAACUUCUAAAGACUUGCCUCCCAAAACCAAUCCUCCAUCCAUCCACCAUCCUACCACAGCAAGUAAGACACACCCACAGACAAGGGGAAUCAUCUUCUUCAUCCCAUACCACUAACUACCUACUACCCAACACCAAGGGAAAAUCAAUCAUCAAAAAUGGCUGCUGCAGGAUUUGCUGACCAGGUCCAUGGCUUUGAGUAAGUAGAAUGGAUUUCUUAUUAUAACAAUUGUAAGCAUUUACUAACCUAGGCUUAGCAAUGCUGGCCUUAACAAUGUUUUCCGCUACAGCAUCAAUGACAAUUCGAGAGACGAAGAACUCGGAAUUAUUUGGACCGAGGCCGACGAGGCGAUGGUCAAGGCUAGAGUGGAUACAGCCUAUCUGCCAAAGUUUUGGAAGAUGAUGGUCCACCUCUUUAAGCGAAGCCCUUCCGACCUCUUCACCUGGGGAUUGCGAAUCGGUGACGAUGAGGACGAGAUUCUAAGAGACCUCUGUGAGAUCUUACCUCACGACAUCUGGUCUGCCAACUUGACACUAUUCAGAUACUGUCUACAGAAGGCGAUCUGUCUUAGGGUCAAGAAUCAUGCACAGCCCUUCGGUUUCUUCAAGGGCAUGUUCUUGGGGCCAAUCCAUAAUCUCGAAAAGUGCCUAAGCAAUGUCGAGGCACAUAAGCGAGAUACGGAAAUCGCAGAUGGCGUCUUUAACGCAUGGGUGGCGACUGCGCAAGACAUGGAGACAUCGGUCGCAGCAUUCAUGUGGGAGCUCGACAACAUCGUCAAAGGGACGGAAGUAAUCGGAACUCUUAAUGAAGAGAGGUUCUUCAUUCUACAGAAGAUCGAUAUCUUUAACGUCCGAAAAGCCCUCGACGCCCUCUACGACAAGGGUCUAUAUCCUCUUAGGGUCGAUAUGAGAUACGUCAGCUAUAUACGGUCUUACGCUGGCCAGUGGCCUAAAUUUGAGCCAUUCACCCAGGAGAUGCUGAAGAUUUGCGAGAAGGUAUCUAUCCUGAACCGCCGACGUGCCCGUGCGAUGGGCCUACCGGAUAUUCCUGUAGCCCGGCACGAAAUCUUCACGCGCAUCCCCUACUGGAAGAGCUCCAAGUGCGACGAUAAGCGGUUUAAGGAGGUGAUGUUCCAAUACGGCGACGUGUGGACCGUAUGUCCUGCAGCACCUAUCCCCGAACAGCCCGUCCAUGAAGAGGCGGCGGACAACAUGGACGUGGAAAACCCCGAUGGCCAUUAAGGAAACAGGUCAUCUCACACAUGGAGGGAUGUAGUGAGCCGAUCUCAUCUGAACAGUGGUGGACUUAUUGGGCAACUGGUUGAGCAGUUACGUCACUUUGUAUUAUCUGCAUAGACAUGUACUAUAAAAAGAUGAGGUCA